AUGGAUCUAAUCCGCGCCCUCUCAAACUCUCCCCGUGUGGAUUUCCCAGUGCAACGAACAUCAUCCGCCAACGACCGUCGAUACGCCGACAUCAAGAUGGUCAACCUUCGCACCCAGAAGCGCCUCGCCGCCUCCGUGGUCGGCUGCGGUAAGCGCAAGAUUUGGCUCGACCCCAAUGAGAUGAACGAGAUCUCGAACGCCAACUCCCGCCAGACCGUCCGCAAGCUCGUCAGCGAUGGCCUGAUCAUCCGCAAGCCCGUCACCAUGCACUCGCGUGCCCGCGCCCGUGAGCUCAACGAGGCCCGUCGGAUCGGUCGUCACCGUGGCCUGGGUAAGCGCAAGGGUACCAAGGACGCUCGUAUGCCCAGCCAGCUCCUCUGGAUGCGCCGCAUGCGCGUUCUCCGUCGCCUUCUCGUCCGCUACCGUGCCGCCGGCAAGAUCGACAAGCACCUGUACCACGAGCUCUACCACCUGAGCAAGGGUAACACCUUCAAGCACAAGCGUGCCCUCGUUGAGCACAUCCAAAAGGCCAAGGCUGAGCGCCAACGUGAGCGUGCCCUGAAGGAGGAGAUGGAUGCUAAGCGUGCCAAGAACAAGGCCAUGCGUGAGCGUCGGCAGGAGCGGGUCGAGGCCAAGCGCAACGCUCUUAAUGAGCCUCAGGAGUAA